UUACGAGCAAAAGGUUAUUGUGACUUCACAUUAAAGGAAGUGGUAAAUAAGAUGAAAAAGUUAAGGCAAAAAUAUCAAUCGGAAAAAGACAAAACGAAAAAGAGUGGGAAUGGUAGAAGCAAGACGUGGCCGUUCUUUGAGCAGAUGGACAGGUUCCUUUCUCAAAGGCAUAAUGUCAUUCCUGUUGCUCUUGUGGACACAAUGGCAGAAUCUGAGAAAAUGGAUUACAAUGGUGAUGAUUCUUCAGACGAUGAAGAGAGUUUAGUUGAAAAUCUAAUGGAGAAGUAUGGGGGAGGUUCAACACAUAUUCACAAAUGCCAGAAGUGUGAGUAUGAACAAAAUAUUUACUCAGAAGGAACACACGUUACUGAGGGUGGUUCUCUGAUGGUGUAUGCUCAAGAGGAUGAAUUUAUUUGUCCAAAAUGUGGCCCAAGUACUGUUGAUGGAAAUACAAUUGCUGUUGAGGUGCCAGAGGAAAUUGAUCUAAAAUUAGAAAACCAAGAAGAGAAAGCCAUAAAAGGGAAAGGUACACAUGAGAAAAAGGUUGGAACAAGGAAGAAGAAAAAGAGUUCAAUUGAGAAAAGCAUGGAAGUUGCUUUUAACCAAUUCAAGGAGACUGCACACAAUUAAUUACCUGUAACAGUUAGGGUGGUAUGGAAUAGGUAUGGAGUAACAUCAAGCAGGAAGAAAGUUGUUUUACUCUAUAAAGCUGUGUAAACUGCAAGUUUCGCAGAGCAGACAUCGCUUUUGCAGUAUUUCAACAAUAUGUGGUUUAGCAAU